AUGGCGGCGCCUGGCUGGCGCGGCUCCGGCAGGCCCAGCGUCCGCGACGCGUCCAGGUGGUGCAUCAAGUCCCAGACCUUGGAGCAGCAGCUGCGUGCGUGCGAGAAGUCGCUCGCCGCGGCGAGGCGCUCGGGCCGCGAGAGCGUCGCGCAGAGCCUGGAGACCAAGCUGGCCGACCUGAAGCGGCGGGCCGGAGCCGCUGAUGCCGAGACGGCACCGGCUGCCGGGCGGCCCAGGGGCGAGCCAGGGACGGCCUUGCGCUCGAAGGCUGCCAGCGAGAGGGCCGCCAGGAAGUCGAAGGGGUCCGAGGUUGCCAGAGAGAGGGGUGCCAGGAAGCCGAAAAGAUCCGAGGCUGCCAGAAAGCCGAAGAGAUCCGAGGAGAUUGACGGGGACGGGUCGCGCGUGGAGCGGCCUGGCGCUGGCGACCACCAGAGCAGGCCACGAAGGCAGCGAGAUCGCGUCGCGGAGCCACGCCGCGAGGGCUCCGACGGCUCCGACUUCUUCGACGAGGCGUCCGCGGCGCCGGUGGCCCCGGCUCGCGUCGCGGAGCUCUGCCGCGAGGGCUCCGACGGCUCCGACUUCUUCGACGAGGCGUCCGCGGCGCCGGUGCCCCUCGCGCCUGCAGCGCUCACGCCCGCGACCCCCGCGGCCGCCGCAGCCGGAGCAGGCGCGCUGGACGGCCCGCGCGGCGAGCGGCCGCCGUCCAAGAGGGCGCGCCGCAGGGAGCGGCGGCUCCAGCUGCAGGCCUUCAACGCAGGACUGGCACCCUUCCUGGCGGGCGGCCCGCGCCCCCCGGGUCAGCGGCGCGAUCCCGCGCCGGGCCGCCGCCGGGACGUGGACGCGCCUCGGCGGCGGUUCGCCGAGGGGGCCGAAGCGUCGACGGCGGCCCGCGGGGGAGGACGGCUGCGUGCCCGCGCGCCGCCGUGA